AUGCCGAAAUCCUCCACGCUGUCACUGGCUAUGCGUUCCAAGUCAGGAGGAAAGGAGAACAGCAAUGCGCCCAUGAGCCCACACAGUCCUCGAUCGCCGAGCAUACCGGAGUUCGCCUCCCCGAUCCCCCCGUUUCACAGCAUGCCAGAGUCGCCGGCAUCGCCAAAGCCACGGAAGGACUCGAAGAACAUAUUCUCAAACUUCACUGCAAACAAGUCUUCGUCACGGUUGAAUAUGCAAGAUAGCUCCAACCGGCAAUACCCCGCACAGCAGCCUUCACCGACAUUGUAUGCCAACGGACGGGGUGGUUCUUCGACACCAGAUCUGAGUCGCCCCGUUCGAACACCCAACUCUGAUGACAACCGCUCAGAGAUAGUUCGACUCGAUCAGCGAACCGGCUCAGGCAAAUCGACCGAAUCAGACCCCCAUGCCGAUUCGACAAAGCGAGCGGGGACGAAGACUAAAAAGCAAGGCACACUGUUCCGCUCCAAAUCAAUCAAAGGGGACGAGACUACUGGAUCUCGUGGCAAACUCAACAAAGCCCCACCAGGCCAGCUUUCACCAGAUGUAGGAGCAACCUGGACCACGAACGGCGACGGUACGCCGCUCAAAACCACGCCUGCGGACAAAGGAAAAGCUUGGGGCAACAAGUCGGCACUGGGGAAGCUCAGAACACAUUCGGCUGAUCGCCAUGAUGCAGGCCAGCUGGUACAUCGCGAGAACGAUAACGGCCCCAGGAGAGACAAGAGCGAACAAGGCUCGUUACAGUCAAGUUCCUACAACGACAACAAGGGUGCUUCACUCAUGUCUAGUCUUGGCUCCGGCGCUCGUAAGAUGGGAGACAAGAUGGACUCGGCUCGAAAAGGCAUUUUCGGAAAGCUGGGACGCAGCCACAGCAACCACGAAAGUCCUACACACAUCUCGAACGAACCCUACGUAUACAAGGUCAUCCAUACCCCCCUUGUCGAACAAACAAGGUUGACCAGGAUAUCGUCGCGACUGGAGCAGUCCAGGGAUAAAACAGAGUUCUGGAUGCCAGCGCUCCCUUGGCGCUGCAUAGACUAUCUGAACAUGCGAGGCUGUGAGGAGGAAGGCCUGUACCGAGUUCCAGGCUCUGCCCAACAGGUUCGAUACUACGAGCGGAAGUUCGACCAAGAUCGUGACAUUGACCUCAUAUCUGACGACAACCUCAACGACCCUAACGUCAUUGGAUCGUUGUUCAAGAACUGGCUGCGUCAACUACCCGACGAAAUCUUCCCGAAGGCAAUUCAACACCGCAUCCAGCAAGAGUGUCAAGGCGUAAAGACUACACCGCAAAUGCUGAAGGAUGAGCUCUCCAAGCUACCCCCUUUCAAUUAUUACCUACUCUUCGCAAUCACCUGCCACAUCAGCCUCUUGCACUCUUGCUCGGAGUUCAACAAAAUGAACUACAACAAUCUGUGCAUUUGCUUCCAGCCAGCCAUCAAGAUCGACGCUUUCUGCUUCCAGUUCCUCAUUCUUGACUGGCGUAAUUGCUGGCAGGGUUGCUGGACGGAGAAAGAGUACCUCACGGAGGAGCUCAACUACUUGAGUGCUCUGGAGCAAGAGAGCUCGGAGCGUCCACAGCCAACACCUAGCCGCAAUGGUCAGUCACAACCGUCUGGCCGGAGCAAGAGCUCAAACGCGUCGCCGCACGUUGCUCAAUCACGGAAGUCCACCUCGACGAGAAGCAAUUCCGGCGAUCAGAGCAAAUCAUCUGUUCGCGCUCUGUCGUCAGACAGAAAUGGACGCGCUACGCCGCCUAACCCUCCUCUCAGGGAUGCAGACGUGCCGCCACAAUCAGCGCCACGCCUGCGAGGUGGACAUGGCGAAUUUGAUUCUUUGGCAGAAAGGGCAAUAUCGACAUCAGAUGGACUCAACAUCCGGGGCGCGCCUACGCGCCCGCCGCCUUCAGUCAGUACACAAAAUUCGACCGAAGGAGAAGACGGUGCAACACCAACACAAGCGUUGCAUAGUCGUGGUCCUUCGGACACGCAGUUUCGCUUGGAUCUGAGUAACCCGCCUAGCUCACCUUUUAAUAUCAAGUUUUAA